CACUGACUGGAGACUAUAGGGCCGUAAGUCGAUGGGCCCUGCUGACUGACGGACAGAUGAGGCUCCAUAAGGGCCCUAACAGGAUGAGGCUAGGCCACCACCACGUGGCCAGGGAGGGAUUACGCUGAGCGAGCAGAAGGUAAACAGAUUAUUCCCGAAAUGGAGCUUGCUUUUUGAAUUUCGUCACCAUUGUCACACUUAUACCGACAGUGGAGUAACUUGGAGUUCCUUUCCAAGCCCCCUCACCUUGGCACCUUUAUCAAUCCUUCACCCAGGUCUGCAGGGAUCAUUGACUGACUCAACGAUCAAACCAGGAUUCUAACUCCAGGAUUCUAACUCCAUCUGCUAAAACAUAACUGGAGCCAAGACAAUAGUAAUACAUUUUUCCUCAUGGACUCAAGAUAAAGUUUUUCAGCGACUUUCCUUUUGUUUCCAAAUGAAAACUUUUUGGCUCUGAAAGGACCUAAACUAGUCCAUCAUGCAUUUGAGAACGGGACUGUUCAUCACCCUAUUUCUCUUUACCCUUGCAGCCCCUCGAAUCAAAGACCUACAGGUCCAAGACUUGUUUGGAAUCCGAGAUGUCAAAUACAAACACUUCCUAGAGAGUCUAAGACCAGUCAAACACACCACCAAUGUCAAAAUGAUAAAGGACCUGGACAGGCACCGGACGAAGAGGUCGACGUUCUUCACCACGGGGGUGAAAAUAUGUCCUCAAGAGAAGAUGAAGGAGGUAAUCUCCAACCAUCGGGCCUACUACAAACUUAGAGUUUGUCAGGAAGCAAUAUGGGAGGCCUUCCGUAUCUUCAUGGACAGGGUUCCUAACUCCGAGGAGUACAAACACUGGACCUACGCCUGCCAGCAUGGCUCUCUCUGUCUGGAUGAGGUGGCCAGGAACUUCAGUAGUACCCAGGAACACAUUGACAUGGUGGCCAGAAGAGUUGCUGAACAGGAGAAGAUCCAGAAAGAAAGCCCAAACAACUUGGGUGACAGGAUGAUCAUGAUAACAGAGAUUCCAAACAUUGUACCAGAUGAGGAGGUUAUUGAGGAGCAGGUAGUGGAGUUCAGUGUCACCAUAGCUGACCCUGGCUACAGUGAACUUCUUCUGAGAGACCCUGCAGCUCCCCAGUACCAUGACAUCACACGCAAUCUCCACGAUACGAUGGUUCACGUUUUUGACAAACUUCCUGGGUAUAAAGAUCUUCGUGUUUUGGGAUUUCGAUCUGAUGAUGUGUCAGUCCGCUAUGCUGUGGUGUUUGAGACGAAUGGAGAAGACCAUGACACAGAAUCUAGACCCACUCUAGAACCAGGCACAGGGACAGUUGUUUACACAAACGGGCACAGACUGAAGGAUCUGGUUUCCAAGGCCUUGAGCGAAGAGACAUCCCUGCCUGUGGACAUACAAACACUCAGUUUUGAACCUGAUCCCACUGUUUCUCUACGUGAUGAGUUGGAAGCGACUACCUUGGAGACCUUGCUAGAGGAGGUUGUUGGGCACACUGAAGGUUUCUUACCAACUGUUGCUGUCGGAGAGGAAUUUCUUAAAGCUUUUACAGACACACCUGAGGAACUCACUGUUGUGCCUUUAGGUGACUCAGUUACUGUUCUUCUCACUGAGGCUACCACUGCCUCCCCUGCCAUUGAAGUAACCCCCAAUUCUCCCCCAGAGGAACUUAGUGAGAGUUCUCCCUCAGAAGAAGUAGAGUUGCCUCCAGUGGCGGCUACAGAUGAGAUGCUUGAGGUAGAGGCGCCUGCAGUGGAUGUUACAGAGGAGACGACUGAGGUAGAGGAGCCUGCAGUGGAUGUUACAGAGGAGACGACUGAGGUAGAGGAGCCUGCAGUGGAUGUUACAGAGGAGACGACUGAGGUAGAGGAACCUGCAGUAGAUGUUACAGAGGAGACGAUUGCGGUCAAGGAGCCUCCAGUGGAUGUUACAGAGGAGACGAUUAAGCUGGAAGCUACAGAGAGGACGCUUGAUGUAGAGGAGACCGCAGUGGAUGUUACAGAGGAGACCUUUAAAGUAGAGGAGCCUCCAGUGGAUGUUACAGAGGAGACCUUUAAAGUAGAGGAGCCUCCAGUGGAUGUUACAGAGGAGACGAUUGAGGUAGAGGAGCCGGUGGAUAUUACAGAGGAGACGAUUGAGGUAGAGGCUACAGAGGGGACGCUUGAUGUAGAGGAGCCUGCAGUGGAUUCUACAGAGAAGACGAUUGAUAUAGAGGAGACUGGGGAUGGAACAGAGGACUACCUUUGGGUUAAGCCACCAUUUACAACUCUGGCGGCCAUUAUGGAACAGCCUGUCACUAAGGAGAUACUUGGUCUAGAGGAGACUGUGGAUGCGACAGAGGACUACCUUUGGGUUUGGCCACCAGUUACAAGAACGGUUGUUACAGAACAACCUACCACCGAAAUGAUUACUCUCUUCCCCCCUGAGGAAGAUGCUGAGGAGACCCUCCCAACUGUUGAACCUAAGGAAGAUGAAGGACCCACAACUACUGAGGCGGCUUUAGAGGAGCAACCAGACGGAGACAAUCAAAUGAUCACCACUACAGCAUCUCUACACGUAGAACCUGCAUCCAUCGAAACAUUCACCUCUGCUACACAAUCACCAAACAUGCCUUUAUCUGAGGAUGAUGUCAUCCAAGCAGAGCCUGAGGAAGUCCCCUCAGCAAAUAUUCCCCCUGGACCUUCAGAAGGAUGGGACACUCUCCAAAAAGAGGAACCACUUGAGACGGACGUGGAUAUCUCUAAUGACUCAGACAUGCAGAAGGAUGUAGAAAAGGUAGAGGACGGUACAGAAGCCGCCAAUACGCUGGACGAGUUUGGCAGUGGAUUAGAAGGCCCAUUUGAGUCCACCGCACCCCCAGCACUCACACACAUGAACACUCCUUUAAUGGCCAGUACUGGAAAAGCCAAAGAAAUGGUGGUGUUCUUUAGUUUGCGAGUCACUAACAUGAUGUUUUCAGAGGACCUGUUCAACAAAAGCUCUCCUGAGUACAGGUCAUUGGAGAAUACCUUUCUUCAGCUGAACCAGUUCUCUGAGCCCAGAGACUCGCCAAAUCCUGGAGCCAGUAAAUCUGGGACUGGGAGACAGAGGACGUUAGCUUCAAUACCGCUUCUCCCAUAUCUGCAAUCUAAUUUGACAGGAUUUAAGCAAUUGGAAAUCCUCAACUUCAGGAACGGUAGUGUUGUGGUGAACAGCAAGAUGAAAGUAGAAAAAGAUGUGCCACAUAACCUGACACAGGCCGUUCACUGUGUGCUAGAAGACUUCUGCAACGCUGCAUCCAAACGACUAGACAUUGAGAUUGACAGUCGCUACCUGGACAUAGAACCUGCUGACCAAGCAGAUCCCUGCAAGUUCUUGGCCUGCAAUGAGUUCUCCCAAUGUGUGGUAAACAGUUGGACCCAGGAGGCUGAGUGUUUGUGUGACCCUGGCUACAGCACUACGGACGGUCUGCCCUGCCAGAGCAUUUGUAACUUGGAGGAAGAAUACUGCUUCAACGGGGGCCUUUGUGACAUCAUCCAGGGUCAUGGAGCCACCUGCAGAUGUCCUGUAGGGAAAUACUGGCACUAUCACGGAGAGCGCUGCAAUGAGCUGGUGUCGCUGCCUGUAGAUCCAGCCAUUUUCAUAGCCUGCCUGGUGGGAAGCCUCACCUUGGUUUGUGCCAUCAUAGGCAUCUUGGUAUUCAUAAACAAGAAAUGUUUUGGGAACCGAAAGACUGUGACUUUGGUGCAUACAAUUGCUCCCUAUGCCUUUGAGAACACAUUGAGAGUGAACCCUGUUUUUGAAAAUGACGAUGGCAUCUUAACUCAAGUAUCCAGCAUAAGUACACCAGCACCCUCGAGUAGUGGUGCUGGUUCUUCCCAAACAUCCGAGCAAGAAGGUUUUCGCGCUAUUGAAAAUAUACAUCUAAGUAUUGAGAUCCCCAGACAGCUCUACACAACCAGACCCGACAAGCUAGUCUCUGAAAUGGUAGAUUUCCAUCACUGUAUACCACACAACGAGGUAGGGGCGAAAAUUCUGAUCUUGGGCUCAGUUUGA